CUGCUCCUACAUAUUUACAGCUCGUUGCUUCAAGUCCACCAUGGGAUUCUCACGGCCACGAUACAACCAGAAAGCAAGGUCACACAGAUCUGCACCUCAAGAUGAACAGAAGCAGAAAACUGAGCUCGAUUAUUCCCGGGUCGAAGCAGUGGUCGAUCAUGAGGAACUCGGAUCCAGCUCAAAGCCGAAAACCAUGUCAGCUGUCAACCAAGAAACUGAAGAUCGAGGAUCUAUGUCAAAGAAGAAGAGGAAAAGGUUCGACGCUUAUGUCCAGAAGAAAUUGAAAAAGGAACGCAGAAAUGAGCUCAUCCAGGAAUUGGAGAAAACACAGUCUUCAGUCAAGGACCCCUCUGCGUUUAUAUCUACGGCCCACCUUUGCUCUUCAUCAGUUGCAAGAACCCAGAGAGAGCUCAAAGCCACUAUCGCAGAGGUCGAGUCCAGGCGUAGAGAACGGGCACGGGGCUUGAUAUCCUCGAAGCAAAAGCUCCGCUCCGGUUAUCACAGUCAAAGUGAUCUUGAAGACGAAUCAGACCCGACGCCCGCGACGAACCCUUUCUCAGGAGCGGUUGAAAUUUGCAAUGCUUCAUCCGAAUCUAACAUUACAGCAAAAAAGACACCUCGUCACCCUCCAAAACCUACCGUUACAUCACAACCUUUAACAGUAGCAGCCCACAAGGUGGCCUUUGGCAGUGCCCUUGCUUCUGGCGCCAUAACUACACAUGUCAAGCGUCCUGUCAAAAAGAAACGAAAAUCUCACAAGCCUCCCACGGUUCUUGACGAUGACGACGAUUCCUUUGAUGACUCCGAAUCUUCGACUCACUCUAGCUCAACAGCAUCAGAUGAUCAAGAUCAAGCUCAAUCAUCCUCUUCAGGAAGUAGUUCUUCGAGUUGGCCCGAAGAAGAAGAGUGGACCGGGUGCGAUGACAGUCUGCAAGUCGAAGAAGUGCUGGUAGAUACAGAUUCUCCACAAAAUCAGCCGCAGCCCGACCUCCCAUCGGAACCUACACCCAGAGUCAAGGGUAGUAUUCGAGAUUGGGCCAACAAGCAACUUCAAUUAGCCGAAGAAAAUAAGUUGAACUCAACCGUCAGUCACGAUCUCGAGGUUACAGCUUCAAGUUCUCCCCCUGAAACCAGGCCGGUUUCAGAUGUUCCUCAGUCUCAAGAAACGAAAUCAACAAAAACUCCUCAGACUCGUUGCGGACCAUUGGGGGCGCCUUUGGACCUACCAGAAACACCUUUAUUCCUUCAUCAGAAAACUUCUCAUGUGCCACUCGAACGAGAUGAAGAAGUUAUCGCAUCUCGCUCUUUGCUACCAGUCUUCGCGGAAGAACAUACGGUCAUGGAUGCUAUCCGACGACAUCCAGUAGUAGUCAUUUGUGGAGAGACAGGUAGUGGUAAAACAACACAAGUCCCCCAAUUCCUGUAUGAAGCUGGAUGGGGAAAGAGUGAUGGUGACAAUCCAGGUCUCAUUGGAGUCACCCAGCCUCGGAGGGUAGCUGCCGUCAGUAUGGCCCGUCGAGUAGAGAAAGAAAUGGGGCUUUCUGGCCAGGGAAUUGUUUCCCAUCAAAUUCGUUAUGAUACCACCACUAGCUCGACCACGAAAAUCAAAUUCAUGACAGAUGGUGUCAUCCUACGAGAGCUUGCGGCCGAUUUUUUGCUAUCAAAAUACAGUGUUGUCAUUGUCGACGAAGCUCACGAGAGGAGUAUCAACACAGACGUCUUGAUCGGUGUGCUGAGUCGUAUCGUGCGAUUGAGAUUGAAGACGUGGAUGGAAAAUUUCUCAAACAAGAACUCUGGUCAGAACUCGGCUGGGAAGACAUCCGAUACAGAAAUGAAAACGGGCAUUUGCUGUCGACCUUUGCGACUGAUCAUUAUGUCAGCCACCCUGAGGGUUUCGGACUUUACCUUGAACAGCAGCUUAUUUUCUCAGCCACCCCCGGUGAUCGAAAUCGCGGCACGUCAAUUUCCGGUCGCCGUCCAUUUCAUGCGAAGAACCCCAAUGGACUAUGUCAAUGAAGCAUUUACCAAAGCGGCCAAGAUUCACAGUCGUCUGCCACCUGGCGGCAUUUUGAUCUUCUUAACGGGUCAGCUUGAGAUUACAAAACUGUGUCGAAAGUUGGAACAAAAGUUCGGAAAGAAAAUAGUCGAGGAGAGAAAGGCUCGAAAGGCUGCCCUUCAGUCUAAAUCUUCCACACUCCCUUGUGCACAGUCGACCCCAUCAAUAGGAGAGCGUGACACCAAUGACCACGGAGAUACUCCGCAAGAACCGGUUACCCAAAUGGACGGCUUUUCUUCUGGGGAGGCAGAGAUGAUCAACCUGGGUAAAGAUAAACACGAGUUUGCUGCCGAUGUUGACGAGGGUCAGGAAUGGGAGGAAGAUCCCGAGGCACUCGACACUGAUGAAGAGGAUGACCUAAUUGUAGAAGGGGUUGAAUUAGUGGAAGAUAGUGAUGUGCCCAUGUACAUUUUACCUCUUUACUCUCUUCUUCCAACCGAUCAACAAAUGAAAGUCUUUGAAGACCCGCCGCCCGGUACAAGACUGGUGGUCGUUGCGACCAAUGUUGCUGAAACAUCCCUGACAAUUCCAAACAUUCGCUAUGUGAUAGAUAGUGGACGAGCCAAAGAAAGACACUAUGACCUUUCUACUGGAAUCCAAUCUUUUGAAAUUGAUUGGAUAUCCAAAGCUUCAGCUUCCCAACGCUCGGGUCGAGCAGGUCGAACUGGUCCCGGUCAUUGUUAUCGACUUUACUCUUCAGCUGUGUUUGAAAACUACUUCCCUCAAUUCGCGAAACCGGAGAUCCAACGGAUGCCAAUCGACGGAAUUGUAUUACAAAUGAAAUCGAUGAACAUUGACACGGUCACCAACUUUCCUUUCCCUACUCCCCCCGACCGGUUCGCUCUGAGGAAGUCGGAAAUCUCGCUGGCCCAUCUCGGAGCUUUAUCAUUCCCGCACGGUCAAAGUGAUUGGUUCAUGAAGGGCGAUCCUGGGGGCGAGGGCACGAUCACGGAACUAGGUCGAGCGAUGGCUAAAUACCCUCUGAGCCCUCGAUUCGCCAGGAUGUUGGUCUCUGGCUUCCAGUACGAAUGUCUAGCUUAUGUUAUUGCAAUGGUGUCAAUCCUAUCGGUUGGUGAUCCAUUCAUACACGAAAGUGCGAUUGAUGAAGAUAAUCCGACCGAUUGCCUUGACGACCAAGCUAUUAAUGAGACAGAACUCCUCAAAAACGCUGAUUGUAAGGACCGAGAAAUCCGUAGACAAAAAAGACGACAAUUCUUCAAAGUGCAGCAACAGUUUGCAAGCUUGGGUAAUGGUGUCAGUGAUCUAUUCAAAGUUCUAGCGGUUGUUGGAGCGUACGAAUUUGGACAGGGUAACAACCCUUCAAAGUUCUGCCAUGAAAACUUUGUCCGACCCAAAGCCAUGGAAGAGAUACACAAAUUGAGAGCUCAAAUCACUCGGAUCGUUCAAGCUGCGACAAUAGCGACUGGAUUGAAAGUCGAAUUCUCGCCCAAAUUGAUGCCUCCGUCCGAAACUCAAUUGAAAGUCUUGAGGCAAUUAAUUGCAUCAGCCUUCAUCGAUCAAGUGGCAAUAAAAGCCAGCAAAGUGAAGUCUUGUCAAUCCAGCUCGGGAAAAUCGGGCGCAAACAAUCCUAACAGGAAUCUAGUUGCCUAUCGGGCCAUUGGGAUCGAAGAGGAUGUUUUUAUUCACCCAAGCUCAGUUCUGUUUGAUUCGAAUGUCCAUCCGGAACCUGAGUUUAUCGUCUUCCAAGAACUUCACCGAACCGAGAAACGAAUUUGGAUCAAGGGAAUCACCUUGAUCAAUCCUUCUUGGUUGCCCGUCUUGGGGAAAUCUCUGUGCACCUUCUCCAAACCGAUCGAUAACUCUACCAACAACAAAAUCCCUUCUCGUGCCACUGACACUGAGCGUAAAUGCUUCGUGAUUCCUAAGUUUGGUGGCCCGGGCCUGGACGUUGAGUUAGGCCCAGUUCAAAUGACUCAACGCAAAGUCGGUAAUCUCUGGGUUUGGGUGUAGUAGUCAUUAAUUUAAUUUAUAAUCUAUGUGGUACUUCAAAUCAGCUUUCCUUUAGUCAUUUUUGGCGCUCUCACCAUCAUCUGUACUUGUUAUUUGUCCAGCUCUUACCUUUCUGGUUGCACGAAAUCAAUGAAAAAAAUCUGGUGCCUCCAACUGAGAUCCCUGAUCAUUACUACGCACUUCUUGAAAUUUUACUACCUGA